AGGCGGCAGUGGCGGUGGCGGCUGUGGUGAGGCGGAGUGUAGGUUGCAACUUUCCUAUUGGCCUGAGAGGCUUUGUGCACGAGGGUCGUGAUGUCUGAGAAAAAGCAGCCAGUAGACUUGGGUCUCCUCGAGGAGGACGACGAGUUCGAGGAGUUCCCUGCGGAAGACUGGGCUGGUUUAGAUGAAGAUGAAGAUGCACAUGUCUGGGAGGAUAACUGGGAUGAUGACAAUGUAGAGGAUGACUUCUCCAAUCAGUUACGAGCUGAACUAGAGAAACAUGGUUAUAAGAUGGAGACCUCAUAGCAUCCAGAAGAAGUGUUGAAGCAACCUAAACUUGAACUAUUUACUAAAUUCUACGACAGAGAGCCCAGAAUGGGACACUUAAAAAAAUAUGUUUGUUUCAUUACCUGCUUGGAUUUAUUUUUGUUUUUGUAACACAGAAAAUAAAUGUUUUGAUCUAA